AUGCUGAGCCCAAUGAAUCAAGGUCUUACAUAGCAUACGUGCGCGCAAAGUAUUGACAUUACAUGAGCGAUACAGCGACGGAAUAUAAGAGGGACCGACAGAGUGAUAUGGCUGGCUCUAUGUAUUGGGCAGCAAGACGGUUAGUCAUCAACAACGGCAACAGUUGACCAGCUUGGAUUUGCAGUGACAACCAGAUCAUUAUUGCUGCUACCUCCACUGCCACUACAUUGACAUCCUAACUGAUGAGGACGUCUGCAACGGCCAACGUUAUUAUAUACUGCCACGCUUCGUUCUGUAAAAAGCUAUCCUGACGGAUUCAGGGCGUCCUCUAUAUUUGCGCGCAGUACUCCGUCGCAACGGUUCGACGGGCAUUGCAGAACUGCCAACUCUAACGUGCAAACAGUAUGAUCUGUCGUUCGGCGACUGGAAAUAUUCGAUCCACAGAGUGACGUGUUUAAUAAAGCAUACGAAGUAUAUUUCAUCUCGAUCAUCUAGUUCUUGCCAUAACUUCGGUUGGAUAAAGGACGGCUGCUGUCAAAAGAACCUAUGAACCCUUUGGGUCCGAUGUCCGCAUUUCGAUAAAAUCAUCAUCGCCUGCAGUGCAUACAUAGCAGGCAGAAGGGGUUCGAUGUUCAUACCAUCUGAUGUGGACUGAUCUAUGAUUCUCAUUGGAUAUACCUGCCUAUAGGCGAAUACAGAUAGCAGGUAGCUCGACCCACUCACAAAAACCUUCUCUCUGUCAAGUUCAAAUUGCGUCACCCAUAUUGUUUCGUUCAUUGCCAAGCAUCAGAUUACGUGGCUGUCCUCUAGAUGGCGUCGGUGCAAGUCUAAAUUGGCGUUUCACUCGACGAAAAGGUCGCCGACAGCUCGCAAAUUCUGCCAGCAGAUUCUGCGCGACCGAGGCGCUGAAGGCUGUUUAAUUUCAAGCAGCUUCAUCAUUUUAUAGUUCUUACAAUAGGUCGUUUGGCUAGCAUCUGAUGCAACGUUCCGUUGGAUAUUUCGAGAAGCAGCUCCCAUCUCUUAGAACCUAUCUUUCCAACUUCACUAAAAAAAAGACCAACAUACCUUUAUAAUUUAAUUCUAAGAAGCUCUUAUCUACAUCAGUACCGUGUACCGACAUGAUCGUGUUCACUACAAUAGCUAGUGUUUGGCUAUUUGCACCCCCGGUAACAGGAGUUGCAGCCCACGUAGCUGACUCUAACGUAAACUCUAUUAAUGCAAAGGUUGGGACAACAAAAGAUCCGCAUCUUGAACGGCCUAAGCACGACGAUAUUCGAAGGCUGAUUGCUCUCUACAACGAGGAUAGGCGUCCUGUUUGCCCUUGUGGUUUGAUUGGACACAGCCGUACAAGGCGAGUCAUUGGGGGCACCCUCGCUGACAUUGAAGCAUAUCCAUACGCUGUAAGCAUACGCAAAUUUUUGAGCAAUGGACAGCCGUAUCCCUACUGCGGUGGAACUGUCAUCACGGAAAGACAUGUCGUUACAGCUUCACACUGCCUUCUCAACAAACAGAGCCAGGAUGUAACGAUAGAGGUGGGCCGAACAAAUAUAACUGGACCCGAGAAGCCAAGCGACCCACUUAUUAGGCGAGUCGUUCGAAUUGAGCGACAUGAACAUUAUGAUCAACCUUCAUACAAUAAUGACAUCGCCGUACUUACUCUGGAUGCACCGUUGCUUUUUGGAAGGACAUCGCGGCCAGCUUGCCUUCCACCAUAUGGUAGCGAUGUGCAAGACGGCACCUCUGGAGAAGUCGUCGGCUGGGGAAGAAUUGCUUUUAAGGGUAAAAAGUCUGAUACUCUUCAAAAUGUUACCCUGCCAGUGGUAAAUCGAACUGAAUGCCAACGACCUCUAAGGCACCGCAUAUCGACGAAUAUGCUCUGUGCGGGGGGUCUAGAGGAACGAGAUGCCUGUGUUGGUGAUUCGGGUGGUCCCUUCAUAGUGAAAUAUCAGUCGGCGCCUCUUCUAGUGGGAGUGGUGUCGUUCGGUAAAAAAUGCGGCCUGGCUAACGUGUACGGUGUGUACACCCGAGUAGGACUUUAUACACGAUUCAUCUACGAACAAACAAAGGAAGCCUCUUGCAAACCCGGCAUUCUAUCUAUGCGUGAUUAUCGAGCUGUUGGUAAUGAAGCAACAUGGAUUUCCAAUAAAGUUAAUCAAUGGAACCAUUCAUGAAACCCAGUGAUAGGACAUCAACGUCUAGGGAGCAAACCGACACAAAUUAUUAAUGGAUUUUCAAAUACAAAAUAGAAACGAGCAAUACAGAAAUUGAUACAUCAAAUUGGAGAGCAGCUUCGGUAACGAAUAUCAUUUGUCGAGCUAUAAUAUACGUACCGGAUUUCCACGGUGUACGAUAGGAGUGAAAGUUUAGUACUUAUAGGCAAAAUUUGUUUCGCAAAUUUGUAAAACACUGUGGGAAGCUAUUGCUAUCGUACAAAUAUAUUCCUAUAAUGAAAGCUAAUGUGUAUAUUUAUACACGUACUCAUAUAUUAUGGGACCAUAUAAGGAACAGCUCCAGCUGUUUGGACUUUAGGAACAGAGCCUGCAAUGAUAUGUGAUAAAAUAUCGACAUUGUUGUUUAUAGUAAUUAUUAUUAUUAUAUACAUUAAUAUUAUUAUAUUUACCUUGUUAAUAUAGUGCCAGGACAAGUCUGCGUGAAUAAUAUAAGGUAGAAUACAAUAAACUACAAACCACAGCGAAACCGAAAAUAAAUUGAAAGUUCUGGACUACAA